AAGUGAAACCUUAUCGUGUUAUCUGGAAUGUCACCUUUUCUAGUGAAUCUCGACUGGUUUGUGGUCGCCCACGGAGACACAGAAACUACAGCCUACCACUUCAUUUCAAUACUGAGACGGUUCAGACUUGCAUGUGAACGGAUGCCGUUCACAUUUAAGCACCGUGACACCUGAUAAAAAUCCUUGUUUACUAGAUUUCGGGUAUUGGUGUUGUGGAUUUCCUUUAAUUCCCUCAGUUUGUUUUUCCGUUUUGGCUUGGUGACCGCGGGUACGCUUUGGUGCCGUUUCGCUAUACGACGCCUGACACGCUUAACGUCUCUCCUCUUAGCGCUCUGAGCUGUACCGAAACCCGCAGGGAAAGUUUACAUUUUCAUACGGCUGGAGGACGGUCGCCGGGUCCAGUUAAAGUGCGGUUGUUGUCGCUGUUCCAGUGUGCGUAAAAAUGCGUAAAAACCAAAAGGAUCAAAGACCACCAAACCGGUCCGAUGUCUCGACCGCAGUAAGGGCAACAGAGGGGAGCGGAGGAGAUCCGCCACCCGCCGCUGCUGCUGGAGCUUCAGAGCAAACCUCCCGUUCAAAUCCAGCCACCGAUCGCGGCGAGCAGAGCUUUGGCAACCCCGGGUCCACCGGAGGAGGAGAACCGCCGUCGCCGUCCUGGUGCAGAAAAGGCUUCUCCCCUACCGACAGCCUAGGAGUGUUUCAGAAGAGGUCUAUAUUCCAUCUCCCUCGUCGCCGCUUAUCCAGCGGAUAUAACUCUUUCGAGGGCGACUCGCUGCCGAGCUCCCCGCUGUCCCCGAGGCCAGCGACGGCUGACAGAGCCACGCAGACUCCGAGUCCCACCGGCCAGGUGAUGAUUCACGCCCUGCAGCGUAUGUCUGAGGCGCAGAGCGGAGGACCGCGGACGCACCAGCAGCACGGAAGCUUUCCCAGCCCCUCUAGCACGAGGCAACAAAACGCAGCAGGGGACAUGCAGGCGGAGGCAAUCGGACGAGAACUCCGACUCAUUGGAGACAACUACAAUCAAGUGCUCAUGUUAAGGGGGAUGGCAGGUGGACCUAGGCGAGGUGUGAUCGCUCCGUACCAGUUACCACACAUCCGCCAGGAGCCCACCGUCCUGCUGUGCGUGGGCAUCCUGCUGCUUGUGAUUGGACGGAUAAUCUUGCAAGGCAAUAUGAACGGCCACCAGGGCCACAAUGACGUUUAGCCUCUGGAGAACCCAGCAGACGUAGCAUCUGUAAUUUUUUAUCUGUGUUGUUGGAUCUAUCACUUUUUUUUUUCUUUUUUUGAGGACUUCCCACUUCAUUCCCUUUUCCAGAUCAUUUAAAACCUUAAAAAAAAAAAACUCUAAAAUGACUGGAAUUUUAUUUUUGCACCUUUGUUUUUCCUUCAUGUUCUCUGAGCCUUUGCAGUCCGACCAAAGAGCCAGGAUUUUGCACUUCUUCACAGCGCAUGGGGCAGCCGUGUCACCAAAAUAUGCCGCCCCCCCACCUGGAAGAUUACGCCUGUGGAGGUUAAAUUGUGCCUUGUGUAGUUUCUUUGUACAUUUUUUCUGUUUACUUUUCUGGCUUCUUUUUAGGUGUUUUUGUUGUACAUAAGUAAUGAGGUCCCCCAGGAAGAUAAACUCUUCAACUCUGCAGAUGUUGGGUUGUUCUUGCACUCCUGUCGCAUUAAGAUCCAACAUGCAACAGACUCAUGACCCGUGUGGAAACCAACUGGGCCAAAGUAAUCUUUUUUUUUUUUUUAUCACACUUUCUUUCUAAACAAAUGUACCAUUUAAUGGCUUCUUACCAUGACUUACACGUUAUUAUGUCUACAUAGUAAAUUAGGAAGAGUUGAUGAAAUUGACUGUGUCCUUAUGAUUUGAGUUUCAAACUACACAGCUAUUGACUAAAGAGAUCAUCAGAUGCCAUGAACUAAAGGUCCAUUUGGACAGGAUUAAUAUUACAGGGAAAUGUUAGGUAGGUAGGUAAUGAAAUAUUUUUUUCUGUAGUCCUCAGAAACUUCAGUCAACACAUACAGUAUUUAAAUCACCCAGCCUCUCUUAAAUAGUCUGUCCAAAUGAAGUUAAAUACUGCAAUCCAUUAAUACUCCAUUAACAUUCAAAUGUCCGUUUAUUUGUUGUCUUAUUUUAAUGUCUUGGGACAUCUAGAUUAUUACCCAUUUGAAGGUACUUGCAGUUUUUUUGAUAAACGACAACACAUUUUUUCUACACACACGUUAUAGAAAGUUUUAGGCCUCAAAUAUUGCAACAUUCAAUCCUCUCCAUCUAUUUCAGAACUACUUUACCAUUUAUUAAAUAGUCAUUUGUACACAAUAGCUAAUUCUAUCUCUUACUGUGUGAACUCUACCAACCUCUUUACUCACCGUGUGGCAAGGGCGUAGGUUUGGUUUUAACUUUGGUUGGGACAGUUUUUUCAGACGGCCAUAAUAAUUAUGUAUGUGUACUUGCUAUUUAAUAGGAACAGAUGUGCACACAUACACUGUUUAGUGAAUAUGUCAUUUGCCGACUUGCCUAAAACCGGAAUUGUGUCAUGAUUUUUUUUCUCUGAUUUCUUUUUUUACAGCUUAUUCUAUCAAUAGACUUUUUAACUAUAAAUCUGAGAUUAAAAAGUAGACUGUCACAAUAAAUGUAUACACAAAGCUGUAGGUAAUGUGCUGCUCUGUAACUUGCUGCUGUAAUGUUUUCAAACCUCACCUGAGAUCCUGUCCUUUCAUUUGGGCGACACAAGUCAAGCACAGUGAUGCUCACACCUACCUAAUUAAAUGACGGCUGAACGUCAAAAACAAAUCAGUUGGACAAGCUAUGGAUCAUUUAGUCUAUAAAUAAUGUUCAUGUCUUAAUGACACAUAUGCAGUAAUAACUCUGCUCUAGAGACAGAUGGCAUUAAAUAGUAAAUAUUUCCCCCACUAACUUUAAAGAUUAAUGUUUGGAUUGACUACAAAACAUUCUUAUUAAAUAAGCUCAAUUGUUACAAACACUUUGGUUCUUCUUUAAAAAGGACCAGAUGUCUUAUAUGGCUUUUAGGAGGAUGUCUGAGUAAUGAUGACAAAUUAGCUAAUAACACAUAACGCCUGAAAUUAUAAAUAAAAUAGAAUAUUAAAUGAGCCUUGUUUUGUCCAGUGAAGUUGUUUUUCAACUCUGCGACGUUCAGAGCGUUUAAACUAUAAAUACUAACCGCUUCAGAAUCUUCACCUCACUGACUUCACUACUACUGCUGCUGCUAGUCAACAAUGCCUACAGCUUUGGUCAAGUGUCCACCUCUUUCUCUCUUUAUUGUAAUAACACACUCUUUUCAGAAAACACACAUACCUGGCAACUCUGCAGAGAUUUUACCGUUAACAUUACAUGGAGUUAAAGCGACUCAGUUGUUUGAGGUCAGUAAAAUGAUUGGUACAGACUAUCCAGCAACAUCUUAAUAUUAGUAAGGACAUUUCCCUACCGUCCAUACCCAAAUCUACGCCCAUGCCGUGUGGUUCAGU